UUCACCCUCUAUGUUCGUCACCGUCUCCGUGCACGUCGUCGUCGUCGUCGUCGUCGUCGUCGUCGUCGUCGUCGUCUUCUUCUUCUUCGAACAUGCACGAGAAUCGUCGGUGUCGUCGUGGUCGAUGAAAGUGGUUCGACGCGGACAGACGUCGUCGCAAACACGGUGUUGCGGUUCAAGUUGAGUGUCGUACAAACGGGAUUCGAAAGCAACGCGAUAUCGGGAAAAUUAUCUCGAAAAUUUCGAAAAUCGAAUUCUUCGCUUCACCGUUCCGAGCAAUUGCUGCGGUGAAUCUAUCCGAAGUGAGAUCGAAGAGGAAAGGAAAGGAAAGAAAGGGAAAAGAAAGCACAGAUGGACGUCGCGGGAAACGAGAAACGGGAAAUUCGAAGAACUGCAGAGUGAAGUUGCGGAUGGACUACUUGUAUACGCUUUUGCAACGUAUGAUUCCAGCGGUGUACGAUUCUGCUCGCCGGCCGAUCGAACGAGUGACUCCGUUAGGCGAGACAUGAUCUCGUUUCUCAACUGACCGAAACCGAAAAAAAAAAAAAAAAAAAAAAAAAAAAAUAGAAUCAGGAUGAUGAACGCGUUCCUGGACGGCGUGUCCUCGCAUCCGCACCACCUCGCCAAUCUUGGCAUCAAGCUGUCGCCCAGCGGUGGCGGUGGCACCGCUGGAUCCACGGACGCGGGUACAGGUGUCCAACCGCCACCAGGCGACGCCCCGUCCCAGCAACAUCACCACUUUCACCCCCAAGGAUAUCCCCCUCAUCACCCCCAUCCGGCGUCCCACAUGGCGCCCCACAUGGGCCACCACAUGAGCCAUCAUCCCGGCUACGCGGCCCGCGACUUCCUUCUACGCCGCGAGCACGAGUUCAACGCGACCGCGAACCCAACCACGCCCGAGAGCGGGCUGGGAUUGUUCACGCCGCUCCACCACGACGGGACGGCCGCCUCGAUGCAGCAAUUCUCCCAUCAUCCGAGCCAACAUCCCCUGGCGGCCGGCCACUAUCCCGGCCACUAUCCCCAGGACUCGAGGCUACCCCCUCACCACCAAUACUUGGGCGCGCCCCAUUUGACGCCCGCCUCGAUCCAUCAUCAACAACACUCGGCCGUCACUCAUCCGAGCCAUCAUCCCCACGGCGCGUUUCUCAGGUACAUGAGGAGCAACGGAAGCGGUGGAGGAGGCGGCGGAGGAGGCGGCGGUGGGGCCGGUGGCAUCGGCGGCGGCCAGAGGCAAGAGAUGUCCUGCAUGUGGGUCGAUCAGGACGCGCCCGGUCCCGGAAGGAAGCUUUGCGGCAAACUCUUCAACUCCCUCCACGAUAUCGUGACGCACCUCACCGUGGAGCACGUGGGCGGUCCCGAGUGCACCACGCACGCGUGUUUCUGGCAGGGAUGCUCCCGUAACGGCAGGGCCUUCAAGGCCAAGUACAAGCUCGUCAAUCACAUAAGGGUGCAUACCGGCGAGAAACCUUUCCCCUGCCCGUUCCCUGGCUGCGGAAAAGUCUUCGCGAGAUCCGAGAACUUGAAAAUUCACAAGAGGACGCACACCGGCGAGAAACCGUUCAAGUGUGAAUACUCGGGCUGCGAGAGGCGGUUUGCGAACAGCAGCGACCGCAAGAAGCACAGUCACGUCCACACGUCCGACAAGCCUUACAAUUGUCGAGUUUCCGGCUGCGACAAGUCGUAUACUCAUCCUAGCUCGUUGCGCAAACAUAUGAAGGUGCACGGCAUGACCCUUGGCGAGGGCAAAAUAGGAGGGGGCUACGAGAGUGAGGGUGAAGAGAGCAGCAGCAGCGGGGGUAGCUUGUCCGUAACCGGGCACACCGAGUCGCCGCAGCCGCCUCCGGUCGUCCCGACGACGACCGCGACCAACCCACCGUCGAGCCAUCCUUCGACUAGGGGCCCAGAGUUGACGGAGUGGUACGUCUGUCAACCGCCAACGGUCGGUCCCCAGCACAGCCCCUUGCCGGGUCCACCGCCUCCCCAUCACCUUGGCCCGCACUUCAACCCGUUGAUGCAUCAUCAAGCGACCGCUUACUAGUUUUCCUCCUCAACCGAGGGGGCGAACGGUCGCCGAUCGACGAGGAUCGACCAACUUUUGGAUGGAGAAUCGGACGGGCAAGUGCAGGCAAGGUCACUGCGGGGAUGGAGAAGAUGCUCGAAAGAGGGAAGGCGGAAUCGAGAGAACUACCCGUUUAUUCGAAUCGGUUCCAGAGAAUUAUAAUUUGUGUGUAGGAGGAUGGAAUUGGAAUCGCGAUGUAAGAAGGAAGGUGAUGUAAGGAAACGUUGGGAACGAAUAUUUCAUUAAGAAUUGGAUUUGUACUAAUUGCGGAAAUUUUUAAUCAAAUUUGGAUUUUUGUAUUUUAUGCGUGUUUUUUUUUUUUUGUUCUAAUUCAUUGUACAACAAUAAGAAUUGGAAAGGAUAAUUAAACGUUUGAUUUCUAUAAAUCGAUUCGGAUAAACGGAGUUCGAUCGAUUCUCGAAAAUGAAGAAAAAAAUGGAGAAAGUUUAGUUUUCGAAAUGCCGAUUUCGUUCUAACGAGAUACAUGCAAAACUACCACGUGCGAGCAAAAUUAGAACGAGAUGGACCACUCUUUCGAGUCAAUAUAUAUUUCGCACGAUGAAAACGCAAUUUAAAAACAGAGGAUCGUAUUAUCCGACUUAGCUAACAAUUUCGACGGCGGGCGUCCAACUGCACAAUAACCGCGGCUCGAGGAUUCGAAGUCCAAUGAAUCGAAAAAAGUUACCUUUACCCGGAUUGCAAAUUGUGACGAUUGUAAAUAUGGAUUAAAUCGAGCUACAUAGGCGUUACGGCAACAAGAGAUAUAAAGAGAUACAGAGAGAGAGAGAGGGAGGAAGGGAGAAGACAGCAAAGCGAAAGAGAGGAAGAGAGAUGUCACGCGUUCUCGAACACGAAAAAUCGUGUCUCGGUAAUCUCACAGCGUUACGAAUUAAAUGAAAGCAAUUUCCAACGGCGCCGGUUAACGCAAUUCCAGCCACGCUCGUGCCUCGAUUUAUCAAUCGGAACAACAAAAGAUCGGGACUCAUCGAGUUCCGGUUUAAUCGUUCCUCGACCAAUCAUACGCACUUUUUCGCGGAUCUAAUUAAAACGUUGAUAGUGGAGCGAAACGAUGUUUUAAUGCCGGACAAGAUCGAUGCUUGGUCGAAAAGUUGAGCGAAAAAAAAAAGUUAAAAAAAAAAAAAAAAAAAAAAAAAAAAUUAAAAAAUAAAAAAAAAAAGAAGAAGAAUAAGAAUAAAAAGAAAGGAAAGAAAGAAAGAAAGAAAUAAAAAAGAAACGCGUCCGUAUCCGAACGUUUUAGCGUUGUAUAUAUUAUUACUAUUAUUAUUAUUAUUUAGUUAGAGCUAUCUACGGGAAAAAAAGAAGCGAGAAUUUUCGAGGACGAUAGAAAAAGUUGAGAACACUUGUAAAAUAUUGUAUUACUGUAAUUUCUAUUGUGUGUGAUAUUCUGUAAAUACAGAAAGAGAGCGAGCGAGAGAGCGAGAGAGAGAGAGAGAGAGAGAACGAGCGAGAGAAAGAGAGAGAGAGAGAGAUACCUAGAACGCAACGAGCGAUAAGAAAUAACAUUGUAAUAAUUAUCAUUUUUGUUGCGUAUAUGCUUAGGAGAUGCGGCUCUUGGUCAUCCACCAUACUUGCAUCAUAUUAUAUCA